AUGGUUCCACAUAUAAUUCUCGGUGGAAUUGCGGGGUGCCUCUUCGCCUAUUACUCCUGUCGUGUGGUCGGUUUUCAAGGCAACCGUAUGGUCGUAGAUUCCUUGAUGAAAAAUGUCAAAUACGACGGGGAGGCGACAGUAGCAUUCGUGAUUUCUUACCCGGGUGACGAGAGCAGGUUUUUCACCCCGUUGAUGGAGUUGCUGCGGUUGCGGGCGAAUGACCCGGAGAAGCGCUUCAAGUUGGCAGUGUUGACGCUAGUGCCAGGUGAGUUGGGGGUGUCGACCAUCACAUGUGCCGCAGCGAAGUAUAAUCCCGAUGCGCUACAGCGCAUCAUUGAGAUGCAGGGAGUAUGUCGUAAGUACAACAUGAUUUGCCUCUUGGAGCAUCACCCGUUGGAAGGUGACGAGGCCACAAACUUCUGGAAACCAAGCGUGGUUGCCGACCGCAUAGUCGAUUUCUUGGAGGAAAACAAGGCGAGGCAUCUUUUCACGUUCGACAAAUUUGGCAUGGACGGUGAUCGUGCUCGCAUCGCUGUCCACCAGGGUGUCAUGGAGCUAACGUCAAAGAUGCCUUCGUGUCAUAUUUGGUUGCUCCACAGUUACUCAAAGGUGUAUAAUGCGUUGCCAUUGUUGGCGACGAUGAAGGCCGCGUUCGGCGGGGGCUAUCGGGUUGUGUUAUACUCGCCCUUUGAGGUGACCAAAAAUAUGCGGAUUCAUAGGAGCCAGUGGCUGUGGGAUACUACCUUUUGGGCCUUCUGGUCUCCUUACAGCUACAGCAAUAUCUACGAGAGGCUGGAUAGCGACGACGCGUCGUCUUACGUUUACGUGUCUGAGUAG